UCGACAAAGGUGGCGUCUCCGAGCGGAUAUUGUUUAUGAUCGACAUUUUCCAAAGAAUGUAAUUUUGGGAAACAAAUUGUUGAAAAUUCGUUUAUGUACAAGUUAUUAGGCGUGUAUUGGUCGAAAACUCGUGAAAGCCAGUUAGUACAGUGCAUGACAAAUUAUUAAAACCGGGCUGUGACUGUUACGUAUGCGCGAUAAAGCCAAAUUUUUUUUCAACCAUUAUAGCGGGAAAUCUUCGUUGUGACGCGCACAAACGUUGAUUAUUAGCAGCGAGGGCAGCAAAUGUGUCGUAAUAGCUUUGUUAUGUGCCUAUUGAAGUUUUGACGGCGGAAUUGUGAUAAAAUUUGAUAAAAUUGACAAUGUCGGAUGAAAUGGCGGUGAGUGAUAACGUAGCAGGAGACGAAGAUAAACUGAACUCUAGCGAUGCACCUGAGAGCACCACUGAGGACCCCCAAGAGACGCCCGCACCGCAGCCGGAGGAGGAGGCGCCUCCUGCAGCAAUAUUGGAUCCAACAUUCGCAGACGACCCGCCUCCGGAAUAUGAAGAGUCAGAAGAACCAUCCGAAAUGAUUGAAAAUAGUGACUUUGAUGAGAAAAUUGAAGAUGAAAUUGUCACAGAGAAAAUUGAAAAGGACAUUGACGUACCAGAGGCAGAGGUGAAGCAGGAAAUGGAUUCUGAUCCAGUGGAGCCUGCUGAUGUGGAAGAUGAUAGUACACGAGGAGUGAAACGGAAGGCAUCUGAUGCGUUUAGUGACACUGCCAAUGAGGAAUUCAAAGGUUUUGUUGCUGUCGACUUUAAACCUACAAGUGAAAUGUACAGUCGUAUUCUUGAUCGACUGGAAGCAGAGGUGAUAGCUGCCAAAAAGGACUUCACACCUCUGCGACAAGUAAUGGCCACGCCUCCCCCACCGGGGCGUGCUUCCAAACGGCCGCGUAAAGAUACUGACGGUUCCAGGCCGUCUUCGGCAAUGUCAUCAAGAUCUGACGAAGCUACUGACGCCAGCGGCGUUUCCACCGCGUCGUCUCCGAUGCAGCGCGGGCGCCGCGCGACGAUAGAGAUGUCGUCGCCGCUGCUCCGCGUGCCGCUCGAGCGCGGGUGGAAGCGCGAGCUGGUGUUCCGAGCCGCCUUGGACGCGCACUCCAGGAGGAACGCCGACAUAUACUACUACACGCCCAAGGGGAAGAAACUCAGGUCCACGAGGGAGGUUGCUGAACAUCUCUCAGGCACUGGACUGACUUUGGAAAAUUUCUCCUUUUUCAAAGAGCCCUUAGGAGUAGAUGACCCUGAAAAAGAAAUCAUAAGAGACGCGAAGCUGAUCCGCCGCGUGGAGUCGCCGGUGUCGUCGCCGGCGCCGGUCACGCAGGUGGUAGAAGGCAAGCGCACGCCCAAACCGAAGCAGCCUAAGGGAGCCAGCCCGGAGCCCAACGCUAAAUCACCGCCGCCUAAGAUUAGGCAGGUGAAGUCUGUGGGAUCGCGGCUGAGCAGCGCGCCGGCUUCUCCCGCCGCCGUCAAGCAGGCCAAGAAACCAGCACCCAGCACCGAAAACAACAACACUGCCGCUUGGAAGAAGCCGAGCGAGGCCCGUCGCGGUCGGCUGGCGAACGGCGCGGCGUCGCCCCCGAGCGCGGCGCCGGCGCCGGCGGCGGCCGUGGCGCUGGUGCUGGGGGUGCCGCCCGUGCCCGCCUCCCCGCGCCGCAGGGGACGCCCGCGCACCGACGACGUGGACCACUUCACCGCCUUCUAUCACAAGGCGCAUGAUAGUAACUACAAUGUAGUUGUGCAGAUCUUCCAAUACCUGGGCAUGCGCGACCUGGCACACAGCGCGCGCGUGUGCAAGCUGUGGAGACAGCUCGCCGCGACACCAGCGCUCUGGAGGCACGUGCGGAUGAAGAACUCACACGUGAGCGACUGGGGCGGGCUGUGUACAGCGUUGAAACGCCACGGCACCAAGCGGCUGGACCUGCGCAAGAUGUUGCUGCCACAGAACGACACCGUGUUCUGGGAACAGUUCGCGCAACAUAUUGGAACUGUCGACACAUUAGAGAGGAUAGAGAUGUGCCGGUGUCCGGCGGCUGCGGUAGAGGCAGUGUGCCGGUCGCUACCGGGAUUGCGCUCGCUGGCCGCGCUGGCCAUCCGCGACGCGCGCCUCGACCCUGCGCCGCUCGCCUCGCUGCCGCUACUGCAUGAGCUGCGGCUCAAGAGCCUCGCCGGACUGAGUCUCACGCGCGACUUGUCGGACCUGGCGGCGUUGACGCGGCUGCAGCACUUAUCGCUCACCUCCAUUAAGGAGUUAGGGUGGCGCGCAUGCGAGGUGGUAGGCUCGUUGCCGUUACUAGAGUCCCUGGAACUAGGUGAAUGCACGUUCCGCGCGGAGUUCGGCGCAGCGCUCGGGCGCCUGGCACGGCUGCGGCGCCUGCGCCUGGAGCGCGGGCCUGCCGCCCCCGCCGCACCGCCGCUGCUGCGCGCGUUGGCCCGUCUGCCGCGCCUCGCCAGCCUUGAGCUCGUCAACGUGGACGUUAAAGUCGGCUUCGACGACGCACUUGCCGAGUGCACCAACAUACAGCGUCUGCUCAUCAUACCCACGUACGUGUCGCAGUCGGCCACCACCAACAAACAGGUGCUGGGUGGAGUGCUACGGCUGAAAGACUCGCUCACGCACCUCAUGUGGGGUGUAACUAUCGAGCUGCUACGUGUUACCGAGCUGUUCAUCGACCAGUGCGAGCAGGCGGGCGACGCGAAGAAGCGCGACGUGGGCGAGUGCAUCCCGGUGCUGAAGCCGGUGCCGGGCUGCAAGCUGCCCAGCGAGCACCAGCACGUGGCUGGCCCGCCGCAGGUGGAGAUCCUGCCGCUGCCGACACUGCAGCGGCUGCUGUCGGCGCAGCUGCCCAACACGAAGCUGAAGCUGCUCCGCAUCCCGUUCCACGCGACCUGGCGACAGUCGCUGGCGGACUUCCAGUAGCAGCCCCCGCGCCGCGCGCGCGCCGUCCGCCCGUCCCCGCCCGCCGGCGCCAUCCUGCUAGUGAACAUUCGCACCGACGAGUAUGUGCGAUAAGUGACUUGAGUGCGCGACUACUAACGACUCAGUGCCGGUACUAGUGGAAGAGCGAGUGUCGCAGUGGGACGUGUGCUAGUAUGCGUGCCUCACGGGUCAGGUAAGCUGGACUUGUUUGUUUCAUUAGUAUAGGAGACUCCGGAAAUGGCACACAUGCCGCUGGUUGUAUAUUGUCAAUGUGAAAUAUUAAAUGGGACAGCAGAAAUGUCUGUGAAGUUAAAUCCCAAAAACUAUUUAAUUGCACAGAUGUACCAUUGAUAUUUGAUGAAGAUGCAAUACAUGCGAUUGUCACUAAAGGCUCGGGAUGUUCCACUAUUAUCGUAUUAACUGAAUUUUGUAUCAUAAUAUAAUAUAUGUAUAAUAUAAUGUGCAUUGGCAAGUAUUUGGCCAUUUUGGAAUCGCCUCGUGCCUAUAUGCAUGCAAGGCGGCUCUCUGGUCCACCAUUGCCUCGCUAGACAGCCUCGCCAAGUCUGAACGUACGCAAUGAGGUAUCAGUUACCUACAGACGCACAUAAGUAUAUCGUUGAAUUUGUAAUGGUAAUAAACAUUCAAAUAUCUACUGGCUAUGUUCCGUCUUAUUUGAUAGGGUCGAAAAUCGAGCGAGAUACAAUAAAAUGACACCCUUUUAUCUUGGAUUUACAUGAGGAUAGACUUGUAUAAAUAAUGUGAUUAUAACUUUAUUGGUCACACUGGAUAGUUCAUGACAAACUAUCCUCCUAGGAAGUCAUUGCUAUAGAAUUUUAUUCCUUAUACAAACAGAGACAAGUAUCAUAAUGCACUUACAAUGAUGCACAUAAUAAUAAAAUCAAGAAUGUUUUCUUGAUUGUGAUACUUAACAAUAAGUAAUCAUGUGUUAAAAUAGAAAAACACAUAGAAACAUGAUUUGUACGAAACAAAUUUUCGGAAAUAAAAGUGAUUCAAAUGAGUGCCGCUAGAUGUCACUAUACUGAAGUCGUAAUGUUUAUAAUUUUACUGAGUUCUUAGUCUAACUAUAAUAUACUUAAAAACGUGUGUUGUGCUAACACAUAUCAUGGGUUUCUCAUUUACCGAACACAAUACUAGAUUGCGGGUUGAUACCGACCAGAGAAACCCAGAAUCCCUAUUCAGUCCGGAUCGAACCCGAAACUUCACCGCGGUUUCCCUUCUUUGAAAAUGAUGUAUUUUGGCCAAAAAGCCUUAGUCUACAGCUCAAUAUGAAUUAGUGAUGGUAGGAUAUUUGUAUCCAAGGAAAGCGACCACUGUACACAAGGUGUAAAACCCGCCUUAGUGGCCCAUUGUUGGUUCCGGGAUCAUUCUGUGUAUAUCCGGUUUUAAAUAGGCCGGCAUAAUUGUGUCGAAUAGCGAGAGGUAAUCAUAUCUCUUCAUUGGACAUUUAUGAUCCUGCUUCACUUACCAUCUGGCGAAUUAGGGUUAUUUUUUGUGCCCAAAUUAAACACAACUAAAGGUUAUAUUCUACUGUUAGACUACUGCGACGGGAAUUGACUAUCCUGUUAUCUAAUUCCAAUUCAUUGUGAUUGGCUUUCUUAUACUUUCCCGUCUUUAUUUUUUAAAAUAAACUUGACAUUUUAUCAAUUGCCGAAAGAAAAUAUGUCAAAAUUAUUAAUCUGAUUUAAAAAUAUUGUGCAAUAGGCUUUCUUGUUAAAAAUAGCAUAAAAUGUGUUUAUACGCAUACUCAUGUAAAAACUAUUUCAGCAAAUAGAUAAUUUAUUUUAUUAAUACAGUGUGGUCCGUUCAGGCCAACAUACUGAAUGGCCUAAAGCAUUGUUUUACAGUAACAUAAAGCACAUUUUAAUAGUUUGUUUUUAUUUUCUAUUAUCAAUUUUAGAUUCACUAAAAAUCUUUUUAAUGUUAUCUCUCCUAAAUUAUAGUUUUGUAAUGUCUUAUCGUUUAUUGUGCCAAGGUGGGUUGACACAUGUGAUUAUAUUGUAAAAUCAAGUUGUGUAAAAAGUCUAUAAAAGUUCUAAAUCUCUGGGAUUUUGUAGUUAUCUCCUUAAGAUUUACGGAUGUUGGGAACCACAAAUAAAAAGGGUUGGAAUUUUUCACCAAAAUCUUGGAAUUUUACAGUUCUAGACUUUUUACAAAAUAGCAAAUUUUACAUUCUGUCUACAACUUAUACACUAUGUAUAUUCUUUAUGAUAAUAUGUUUUAAUAUUUUUAAUUAAAAUGUAAUUGUAAUAUAGGGUAAACAUACCAAACAUAGUACUGUUUAUGUGUAGAAAUAUAUUUUUAUAAUAAACAAAUCGAUUUGUUUGUUUGUACUUCGCAGGCCGACCUGGCGAUUGCAACUAGCGAUGGAAAAAAUUUAAUUGUACAAAAUACGCCAACAUAAUUCAGUGGCCGUUAGCACACAAAUUACACUUUUUAUGUCAAUAUUCUAUUCUUUUAUCAUGAAUAUGGCUUGUAGUAUUGCUCACGUAAAACUUUCCAAGACACAAACUCAAACAUAAAAAAAUUACUACAGAAUUCUUAUUACUCUACUAAACUUACUGCCACUUAAAGUUUUUAUUCAUGGCAAAUCUCGUUUCCUAAUAAAAUAGGCUAUGGAACUCAUAAAAUAGCUUCUUAUUUGUGAAUGAGAAUCAGACAAAUAGUUCUAAACAUAACCUUAUACAAAAAUAUACAUACUUGUCAAUAUUAGUCUAGAGAUGAAGUUGACUUCUAUACCUAAUAACUCGCAUAUUUGAAGCUAGCAGGUCUGAUAAAGUACAUAACAAGCCUUUUUAACCGACUUCAAAAAAAGGAGGAGGUUCUCAAUUAUUAUUUUUUUAUAGUUUUCCUGAUCACGGGUAGGUUGGCUUACACGCAUUCCGCCAGCUAUGUUAGGUGUUUUGAACGCCAGGCACAAUUGUCUGGGUUGAUAUCAAAAUAGCCAUUAUUACUUUGAUGAAAUGUAGUACAAAUCUUCCUCAAUAUCACUUCUAUUCUCUUUCUAUGAUUGGCGUUACCUUAGCCAAAGGCAGCUGUACUGAACCACUUUUAUACAGGCAAGGACCUCUUGGUUAUUGUGCCACAACGUAAAUUAAUUGACUAAGUCAAUAAAUAUGAUAAAUUUAACGUAUUAUUUAUUUUAAUAAAAGCUUUUACAAAUAACUGAAUUCUUAUAUGAAUACAUUGGGUUGGCAUACAGCUUAAGUUAUAUCUGAAAAAAAAAUGUUAGUGAAAUCCAUGAAAUCAGAUGGGCCAUUUGCAACAGCUCAGCGGCCCACAGGUUCAGUAGAGCUGGCCUGGUGUCACGUUUCGCCUUAAUUAUGCUCCCACAACACCAGAUUUAGAGAAUCUUCGGUGGGACUAAUCGCUCUAUCUUUCUUUAUAACUUCACUCAGCAUCCUCUGUCCUCUCCACGAGAACAAAAAAUCUUGUUACGUAUUUCAGUUGGUGGCAAAAUUACAAAAAUUUUGAAGGAUUAGCAUAUUUUCUUGCUUAGUCCUGGACUUUAAUCUUUUGUUAUAGCUCUUGUAAAAAUAUUAUUAAUUAACACUAGCUUUUGCUCGCGUGUCUCCCCGCGUAAUAAUCCUUUACCGCCAAAAACUGGCUGUUACCACUCAGAGACAACAACCAGAUCAGUAAUUUUACGGAUGAAUAACCUAUAUUUUUAUGAAAGAAUUACCACAACCACACAAAUAACUGUGAGUUCCUUUGUAGAAGCAAUAUUUAUGGGCACUCAGAGUUAGAAUAACACUUCUACUAUGAUGAAAUAAAACUAUUUUCCGGAUUUUAUCGCGAUUUUUUAAUUUUAUAACAUACUCCCGAUGUUUCGAAGACUGCAGCCUUCAUGGUCGAAGGGAUUGAGAUUUUGGUCAUCCGAAAAGUCAUUUACAAUGUCUACAUACAUUUUACAAAUAUACAAAAUUUUAAAUCGUUUUACUUAUUGACGUGCUAAUAUUCUCAGAUAAAGGUUUUCGCCAAAUCGCGUUGCAAAACUUAGCUUUCCAUCAAAGCUAAGGUAAGCUAUGAAAGUUGAGAGAUCCUAGUGGUAGGUUUGACACAUCCGUACCUUACUAACGUAGUAUAAUCUCUGGUAAUACCUCUGGUUGAAAAGCACCUUAUUCACUGAUCGCCGAGGGAAAUGUAUCUUUGGCAUAGUAUAUCGGGAUUUGGGACUACAUUCUAUUCAGACAGGUGAAAAGUUCUUUGACAUGACAGAUAAAAACAUCAAGUCAGACAUUGAGCUUGCCAACUUGGUAGUAUUGAUAUCUCACGUGAUGGUUGCGAUUAAAUUGAAUUUUUGCUAUAAUAAUACUUGAUAUUAGACUGCCCUUGAACCUAAAAGUCUCAAAGAAGUACCAGGGCUAGGUCAUAAUCAAAUUCGAGGUUCCAUUUCACUAUGAUAAUUUAUUAAUUACGCAUACUGACAAUUUUGUAUGACAUAAAGCAUUUUAAACUCUGGUGUUCAUCAGUUUUCAACGAACUAUCUCAAUCCGAUUCUAAGAAUGAACCAAGAACUAACUCAUUUGUAAGCAUGUCAAAAAAAGCCUUGGUUUUGAUUGGUCCAUUUUUGUGAUAGAUUGAAAAAGCGACUGGGAUCGGGUGUUGAAAAAGGCGAGUAAUCACCUAAUUGGCAGAUAAUGGGUUAUGGUCAAAGGUAUAUAAAAUCUAUUUACACUUUAAUAAUUAAUGAUCAAUAUUCUAAAAUAAUAGCAAUACACACAAAGUAUUAGUUUAGGGAUAUGAAGAUACAGAAUUAUAACUGCAGUUAUGGAUUUUAUGACAGUUUAUAUCAUACAUAUUUGUUGUUAAAGUGGAAGUACGGUGUCUUUAGUCGGAUUUUAAUGUUAAAUAUUGCGUUUAAUUUGAUAAUGGGGAUGGGAGGAUAAGGAAUAUUAUGGACCAUAGUUAUUCCUUAUAUUUGCCCAGAAAUUAGUGAAGGGAUGGCAAAAAUUGAGAAUUAUGCGUUUACAUAAAGUGUAUUCCAUCAGUCAUAUACAGAAAUAUAAACAAAUAAUAACCAAUUUUAUAUAUUUUUUGUAGUGCAGUUCAUUAACAAAAUAUUAUAGCUUAUGUAUAGAUAUGAUUAAUAUCUAGCCGACUUAAAUGAACAAUUCUAAUCGUUACCUUUGAAUGCCUUUUGCUGGUGUUAAGAUAUAUUUAUAUCCACCCGGAUAGCGACUACCGCACUCAAGGUGUUAAAACCUGCCAUAGUGACCCAUAUAAAUGUAUCUCGUUCCGGGAUCAGCCUGUGUAUAUCCGGUUCCAACAGGCCGGCGUAAUUGUGUCGACUGUCGAGGGGUAGUCAUCUCUCGUUAAUCGACAUUUGAUUGGAUCCCAGUCCACUUAACAUCAAGUGCAGUGAGAUCACUUUGCCGCCCAAAUAAAAAAAAAUUAUAGCUAAAAUAAACAGAAUAAAAUUUGUAGACAUGGCUAACUUUGAGCGGUUUGGCCUAUGCAUUAAUCCGUAAUCAGCCAGUGGUAUCAUUUAUCAAACUCAACUAGUAGAAAGGAUGAAUUCAGUGGUCCGAACAUGAAAAGUGAUAUUUUUUUAUUGCUUUGAAUGACAAGACUAUCUUGCCGUUCGCCUGAUGUUAAGCGAUACGACCGCCCAUAAACAGUAGAAACACAAUCUAACACCUUGAAUUACAAAGUAUUGUUUAGUAUUCCACUGCGCUAGCCAUCCUGAGACCUGAGAUGUUAAGUUUUAUUAUAUCCAGUAAUUCACUGGCUACGUUAUGUCCUUCACACUGGAACACAACAGUGACUACAUACUGCUGUUUGGCGGCAGAAAAAAAACUUGCAGUGGUACCUAUCUAGGCGGACUCUCACAUAAGAGAGACCUACCACCAGUAAUGGCACCAUGGUAAAUGUUUGUCAAUAUUUUUGGCAAGCUGAUGGAAUAUAAUUUACAUUUUUGGAUGUAACACGCACAAGGAACGGACUGAAGUGAUUUACCCAAAUAGUCCCAAUUGGGACGCAUGCAAUGACAUUGUAUAGAUUGUGUUAAUGGAAAAUUAUUAGUUUUUAAUACGACAAAUAUAUUAUUUAGUUGUAAGUUGUAAAUAUAAUGUAAGUUAGUUUAAUAUUCAGUGCCUAUACAGUACACGUUAGGACCGUGUUGCAGUUUUGUGUUGUUUUUCUCGUAAUGGUUUUAAUUUUGUAUGUUGUGGUGUUGUGUUAAGUUUUGGGGAAACUAUCUUGUGAUGUCUCUUUAAAGGAAUAACUAUUUGAUAGACCGACAAAAUUUUUAUUCCUUUCAAUUGUCUGUGGAUAUAUUAUGGUUUUUCUUAGCAAGGUUUUGUAAUCAGAAUUAGUGUAAUGCAUAGCAAAAGCAAAACCUAGUCACAGCAUAAUACUUCAAUUUCCCUUCGUAGUAAGGUACAUAUUCCUUCAAAAGUACUCCAACGCAACUCCACACCAUACCUACUAAUGUUUAUAGAUGUAAUUAUAUGGCUAAUGAAUAUUAUUUUAAUAUUGUACGCAAAAGUACAACUUUGUAAUGGUUAUUGUGAGAUAUUCACGACUGUUAAUAAAAAAAAUCUUAAAGGGUGCCUAAGAAUGUUGUACCCUCUUUGAAAUAUAGUUUAGGAAUCUCUUAAAGGUAAAGACAAAUUUUUAAUCUUGGGGAUAUUUAAUUUUUUGGAACUUAGGCAGAGACAAUAUUGAAACAAGACGCUAUAAUUAAUGGAAUUUGUUAGGCAUAAGAAGUAUUGCAUCAAAAAAUACCAAAAAGUAUAAUAAUUGGUUAUGAUACUAAAAUAUUUAAAAUAGUUUGAUGCAAUGCUAGGUGUGAUGUUGUGGAAUAUGGUGAUGGGAAAAAUAAUUAUUUAUACUAAGGGACAAAUCUAAGAUCUCAGCGUCUCUGUCAAUUUAUAAAGUGGCGUAUACGCCAUUCAAACAGUCGUAGUAAUAUCUCCAGUAAUGGACACUUAUUUUAUUGCAACGGUUUUAUAUUAUGUUGGUGGUCGUCUUCGCGUGUGUUUUGUAUAAAUGCUUCUUUCGCGGGAACAGUGUUGCCACAUGUAUUUUGGUAGAAAAACAUAUAACAAUGUAAUAUAGAUUUUGGUAAAUAUAUUUUUGAGUUGGUAGGUUUGGUAGGCUAUAGGUUGGUAACACUGUUCUUGCGAGUGGGAUCGCAAACACCGGGGAUGAUCAAAAUUAUAUAAUUAGAUUAACUAAAUAGUUUAAAGACAAUUUUGCUAGCGGCGACUGAUAAUAAAGUGUUGCCAGUA